UCAGUCGAACUUUGUGAGGUCGAGAGAAGUUCGCGAAAGUAUCUUCACAGUGUCGAAACUGCUCGAAUCUUGGCGCGACCACAGUGGGCGCGACAUUGGCGACAUCCUCAACACCCUUAUGAAACAUGCCGAAGUUUAGUGUAUCAACUUGGCCAAAUCUUGCGAUCGUGUCAUGACUUGCAGUGCAGUUGCAGCGGUUGUAGUUUAGAUUGGUUUCAGUAAUUCUUGCCAGCACUGAAGAUGAAUAAGCCUGGACGAGUCUUAGGAAAAGUGAAAUGGUUCAACGUCAAGAAGGGCUUCGGGAAAAUUAUCAGAAACGACACGAAAGAGGAGAUCUCUGUCAAUCAGGCUGCAAUAACAAAAAACAACCCCAAAAAGGCAGUUAACAGCCUCGGUGAUGGAGAGACUGUAGAGUUUGAUGUUGUUGUCAGUGGAGAGGGCAUUGAGGCGGUCAACGUGACUGGGCCUGGGGGCAAACCUGUCAAAGGGAGCCUCUUUGCACCAGACCGUAGGGGCCCUGCUGCCAAUGGCCGCCAGAAGUCCCACAAACGGUGUCCCGUGCCUCGCCGUUUGGGUGUCCACGAACAGCCGCGGCAAACGGCCGAGGAUGCUGAGGAGGAGGAAGAACUUGCACUAGCCGAGACCUAUGCAGAGUGCACGCCUUCUAAGUUGAAGAUCGGGGGCCGCCACCCGUACCCCGUGGUGGAGACAAGCUCGCUGUCGAGCGUGGCGCCCCCAGCUGUGUGGUACGACCUGUGCAUCCCGAAGGAAGUGGUGGACCGGGGCCAGCUGUCAGCCCUGCAGCUCGAGGUCGUCAUGUACGCCUCCCAGCAGCACCAGGUGGUGCUCACCAACGGCAGCCGGGCCGGAUUCCUCAUCGGUGACGGUGCUGGUGUCGGCAAAGGUCGAACCAUAGCAGGGAUUAUCUACGAAAACUUCCUUCGAGGACGGAAGAGGGCUAUCUGGGUGAGUGUGUCCACCGAUCUCAAGGUGGACUCCGAGAGGGAUCUGAGCGACAUUGGUGCCGCCGAAAAAAUCAAGGUCCAUUCCUUAAAGGAGUUCAAGUAUGCGAAGAUACCCCCGGAGGUGAAUGGUGUUAUGUUCUCCACAUACUCGUCCCUGAUUGGAGAGAGCCAAGGCAGUGGCGUGUUCGACACCAGGCUUGCGCAACUGCUGCACUGGUGCGGCAGUGAUUUUGAUGGCGUUAUUGUGUUUGACGAGUGCCACAAGGCCAAGAACCUGUGCCCCGUGGGUUCCUCAAAGCCCACCAAGACGGGCGCCACGGUGCUGGAGCUCCAGAAUAGGCUUCCCAAGGCGCGGGUGGUGUAUGCCAGCGCUACAGGGGCCUCCGAGCCCAAGAACAUGGCCUACAUGACGCGCCUGGGCAUCUGGGGCGAGGGGACCUCCUUCCGGAGGUUCUCGGACUUCGUCUCGGCCAUGGAGAAGCGCGGCGUCGGGGCCAUGGAACUUGUUGCAGUGGACAUGAAGCUUCGGGGGAUGUACAUGGCUCGUCAGUUGAGCUUCUCUGGCGUCUCGUUCAGGAUCGAGGAUAUUCACCUGGGGAAGGAGUUCAUUGCAAUGUACAACGAGUCUGUGGAAUUGUGGGUGAGUGCACGUGCCAUGUUCCAAGAGGCGGCGCAGUUGAUGAGGGACGACGCGCAGCUCAAGAAAGUCACGUGGAACCAGUUCUGGGCGUCUCACCAGCGCUUCUUCAAGUACCUCUGCAUCGCUUCCAAGGUGCCCCACGUGGUUACCCUCACCAGGCAGGCAAUCGAGGAUGGCAAGUGCGUCGUGAUUGGCCUGCAGUCCACGGGACAAGCGAGGACACUCGGGCAGCUGGAAAAGCAGGGGGGACAGAUCUCUGACUUCGUAUCAACUGCCAAAGGCGAGUUUCAGAUGCUGAUAGAGAAUCACUUCCCGGCACCCGAUCGCUGGAAGAUGCCUCCUGGCACCGAACUCCUAUUGGGUGACGCCACCACCCAGCCGCUGCCUUCUCCAUCAACUGGGGCAUGCAAGCAUCAGAGCGCUCGGGCUCGACGGGCGGCAAAGAAGCGCCACAGGGAUGCUUCAUCGAAUGACAGCAGCGAGGUCGAGAUGAAGAGAGAGCCCGAGAGCGACCUUGAGCCGUCCUUGUCCAGUUCCGUCCCAGAGGACUCCGAGGGAAAGUUGGUCAUUGAUUUGGAUGCGGAGGAUGACCUCAAGUCUCUUUGUGACAACUUGGACAUUGUCGGUCCCUGCGCCAGCCGUAACAUUAAAUCUAAAGGCAAGAGGACGAAGCUGAAGGCCAAAAACAAAACGAAGCCCCAGAAAUCCGUGAAGAAUGGCACCGUCCCCCAGCCGCCACUGUCUGCAUCGAAUGGGACAGGCAAGCGUAGGAGUGCUCGCCAGGCUCAACAGACGCUAAAGCGCUACAGGGAAGCAUUAUCGGAUGACAACAGCGAGGUCGAGAUGAAGAGUGAGCCCGAGAGUGACUUUGAGCCGUCCAGGUCCAGUUCCCCCGCAAAGGACCCCGAGGGAGGCCUGGUCAUUGAAUUGGACUCGGAGGAUGACCUCAGGCCUCUUGGUUCCUGGGCGAGCCUUAAUAGUAGUAUCAAACUUAGAGGCAAAAGCAGCAAGCUGAAGGCCAAAAACAAAAGGCAUCGCAAGAUACCCAUGAGGGACGGCGCCAACCUGACGGAGGACGAGAAGAAGGCGGCGGCCAUGAAGCAGACGCUGCUGGAGCGCCUGGAACGCCUCGGGGAGAAGCUGCCUCCCAACACCCUGGACCAGCUCAUCGACGAGCUCGGCGGGCCGAACUGCGUUGCUGAGAUGACUGGCAGGAGAGGGCGCGUGGUGAGCACGGCCAAAGGCACCGUCCACUACGAACCGAGGUCAGAGGUGGACGUGCCCCUGAAGACGCUCAAUCUCACGGAGAAGCAGCGGUUCAUGGACGGAGAGAAGCUCAUCGCCAUCAUUUCGGAAGCAGCGAGUUUAGGCAUCUCACUUCAUUCCGACCGCCGGGCGAAGAACCAGGCCCGCAGGGUCCACCUCACCCUCGAGCUGCCCUGGAGCGCCGACCGGGCGGUGCAACAGUUUGGUCGGACGCACCGAUCAAACCAGGUAAAUGCCCCAGAAUAUGUGUUCCUCAUCUCGGACUUGGCUGGAGAGCGGAGGUUUGCUUCCAUUGUUGCCAAGCGUCUGGAAAGCCUGGGCGCCCUCACUCAUGGCGACAGGAGAGCCGGCGAGUCCAGGGAUUUGUCCCGGUUCAACAUCGACAACAGGUAUGGUAACGAAGCUCUUCAGACCAUGAUGAGUGAUCUGAUGGAGGUGGAGACUUCACCCCUGAUCCCUCCGCCGAAAGACUGGGAGGGCGACUUCUUUGCCGACUGCAGGAAAGCCCUUGUUGGCGUGGGUCUAGUGAAUGAAAACAAACUGACCAAGAUGCAGAUUCUGGACAAAGAUUACACCAACAUGAGCCAGUUUCUGAACCGCAUCCUUGGCAUCCCCGUGGAGCUACAGAACGCCAUGUUCAAGUACUUUACGGACACCCUAGAUGCCAUCGUCUCGGAGGCCAAAAGGGCUGGCCACUACGACCUGGGCAUUCUGGACCUCGGCACUUCCGGAGACAAUGUGCGUCGGGAGGAAGGGCGCACAUUCGUCCGGUCGCACGCGACGGGUACUGCCAAGACGGAGUUGCACACUGUGGGUGUGGAGCGGGGCCUGGCCUUCGACGCUUCGCAGAAACUCUGGAAGGAGCUGCUGGGCACGGACGACGGCUACUAUCUUUGCCACAAGGCGCGCAAUGGGAAGAGGGCGGCGGUGCUGGCGGUGUGCGACGAGGUCCCGUGCUCCAAGGGGGAGGAGCCGCUUGUCCGGCUCUACAAGCCCCACACGGGCCUGCAGGUUCAGCACCUCAGCCUUGCGUGGCUCAAGAGCAAGUUCAGAAAGGUCACUCCCGACGAAGCUGAGCCCCACUGGAAAGAACAGUAUGAGUCAUCGGAGAAUACCUGCAGCCACGUCUACUGGCUAGGCAACUGCCGCGCCAAGACGUGCGAGGUGGGGCUGCGGCGACGCAAGUAUCACGUGUUGAGCGGCUCUGUGCUGGCGAUCUGGGCCAAGGUGGAGAGCGUGCUCAGCACAUUCUCCAAGCUGCAGGUGGUGCGGUUCAAGACAGAGGACUCUCUUCGGAUUGUCGGCACCAUUAUUCCAAGAAAAUGUGUUGCAUCCCUGAUCAACGUGCUGUCCCAGGGUGCAGAGGAGACACACCUAGAAACCUUCUCAGAACUGGGAUCAUGAAUUAGUGCAUCAGCAAGUAACGACCUACCCCAAGAGUAGCUCUUUUUUUUCCCCCCUUUUUAGAACAAUGUGGCAGUAGCGCUGUAAGUGGGAGGAGAAAAAACCAUAUUUUUAUUCAAGUGCGUGUGUAGUAUGUCAAAAUUACUCUUUUCAUCUUUCUCACCUUGAUCCCCUCUUCUCUGGUUUAUGUUCCUCUUUUUUUGUAUGAAAGAAACCAAGAAGGAACUUGAGCAGUGCAAGGCAAGUCGAACAAACUACAACAAAACGAGCAAUGAAAGAGGAUGUUCUCUG